AUGAUAAGUCUAGAGUAUUUUAUUUGUUGUAAUAUUUGUAAUUAUGUGGAACACAAUUUGGAAUAUGAGAUUAAAGUGAAAGCAACAGAAGUAGUCAUGAAGAAACAGCUAGUUUUAAUAUCCGUCAACCUGAAUUUUUCUCUAAGAAAAGAUGGAAGAGACGACGAUGGCAGACGAUAUGGUGAUGGAAGGAUCCUGACCAUGUCUGGUGUGCCUCCUGCCUUGUCACCGGCGUCAGAAGGGACACCAGGUGUACCCUCGUCAGAGUAUAAUAGAGGAGGAAUAGUCCACCAGUGUCCAUAUUGUUUCAAGAGGUUUGGCCUUCGGACAGACCUAAGGCGUCACCUUCGGACCCACACUGGAGAGAAACCGUUUGCCUGUAGUGUUUGCAACUUUCGGACUGCAUUGAAGGGUAACCUCAAGAGGCACAUGAUCCGCUUCCAUGGUGUUGAGUCUGGAUUUGAGUGA